GGCCGCCUGUGCGUCGCGCCCUCCGUCCGAGCGGAGCCGGCGCCCGGAAGGCGGAGGCCGCGCGGCGCUGCUGCGGCUGCUGCUGGAUCCCGAGAGCGGCGGGCGGGAGCGGCGCAGGGAGGCGGCGGAGGUGACGGUCGAGGCGGAGCUGCUGCCGGUGCCGCAGGAGGCCGGCGGGCCCGCGGAGCGCGCCUCGUCCUCCGCCGCGUCGCGCUGCCCGCCGCCGCCACUGGCCAGCAGGAUGCCCAACAUCAAAAUCUUCAGCGGCAGCUCGCACCAGGACCUCUCGCAGAAGAUCGCCGACCGGCUGGGCCUCGAGCUAGGCAAGGUCGUCACCAAGAAGUUCUCCAACCAGGAGACCUGCGUGGAGAUCGGCGAGAGUGUCCGCGGUGAGGACGUCUACAUCGUGCAGAGCGGCUGCGGGGAGAUCAACGACAACCUGAUGGAGCUGCUGAUCAUGAUCAACGCCUGCAAGAUCGCCUCGGCCAGCCGCGUCACGGCCGUCAUCCCCUGCUUCCCCUACGCGCGCCAGGACAAGAAGGACAAGGUGCCCCGCCGCCCCGCCGCCCCCCUGCCGGGACCGCCCCGCCCGCCCCUGACCGCGCUGCCUCUUUUCCAGAGCCGCGCCCCGAUUUCCGCCAAGCUGGUGGCUAAUAUGCUCUCUGUCGCCGGCGCUGACCACAUCAUCACCAUGGACCUGCACGCCUCCCAGAUCCAGGGUUUCUUUGAUAUCCCUGUGGACAACCUGUAUGCUGAGCCAGCUGUCCUGAAGUGGAUCAAGGAGAACAUUGUCGAGUGGAAGAACUGCACGAUCGUCUCUCCUGACGCUGGGGGAGCCAAAAGAGUGACCUCCAUUGCUGACCGGCUGAACGUGGACUUUGCCCUCAUUCACAAGGAGAGGAAGAAGGCCAGCGAGGUAGACCGCAUGGUUCUGGUAGGGGAUGUGAAGGACCGAGUGGCCAUCCUUGUGGACGACAUGGCAGACACUUGUGGCACCAUCUGCCACGCAGCAGACAAGCUGCUUUCAGCUGGCGCUACCAAAGUUUAUGCCAUCCUGACUCAUGGGAUCUUUUCUGGGCCAGCCAUUUCCCGAAUCAACCACGCCUGCUUUGAAGCAGUUGUGGUCACAAACACCAUCCCCCAGGAGGACAAGAUGAAGCACUGCCCCAAGAUCCAGGUGAUCGACAUCUCCAUGAUCCUGGCCGAGGCCAUCAGGAGGACUCACAACGGGGAAUCUGUCUCUUACCUCUUCAGUCACGUCCCUUUAUAACUGUAGAUGCUGCUGCUUGGGUGGCUUCUUGAAAAACCAAAUUUGUUUUAAGGUUCAGUAGAUGUUGCUUGUUUGACUGCCACACUCUUCCUCUCUACUUCUCGGUGUGGGGUGUCACAGUUCCCGUUCUCAGCCUGUCCACUGGCCAGGUGCUUUUAUGCAAAUUGGGCUUCUCAUGAAAUUGCUGACUCCUCUUCAUUUGGAGGAGAACAGAACUAGCAUUGCACGUCAUCACAUUUCCCUGGAAGGAGGUAGCAACUAGCUGUUGUUUUUCCUGGGUGCAAAAGUUCAGGACUACGUUUUUAGUCAGACCUAGAAUGAUCACUGGGUAGAAGGGACGUCCAGAUACAACACGCAGAGAAAAGCCUUUCUGUGCCAAAAAACGACUGCAGUUUAAGGCUUGCCUUGACUGGAACUUGCCCACCUAUUUUCCCUCCUGCUUUAUGUCCAUUCCAUUUCCAAAGGGGCCAGUUGGAGUGUCCCUUGCCCCUUCCUUUUAAAGGUUUCCCAGGGAAUUGGUACACCCUGUGAUACAGGGACACUCUGUGCUCAGGCAUGUCUCUUGGUUCCUCCUUUUGGGGUAACUUUACCCCCUUUCUGACAGCAGCAGGGAUGACUUCAGAGCAGUGGGGGCCUGCAUCCAUUUUAGAGGCAAAACCAGCAACCAGAUGGCCAUCCAUUAUCCCAAAGGUUUCCAGAGCAUUUGAAGACAGGAGAAAUGCAGCUUCCAGAAAAAUAGAUUUGCAGCCUGGGAAUGUUGCCUUUGAUCCCGUGGCAGUUCAACUAGGUUCUAAGCAGCAGCUCUCUUGAUUUUGUGCCUGUUGGUCUGGUACAUGUGUGUGCAUAUCUAUGUAUCUAUAUAUCUUUAUUUUGCUUCUUAUUUGGGCCCUUCCUGCUGCCUCUGCUUUGCUUCCGCUGAAUCCAUAGAAGGGUUCCACCGUGACGUUUGUGCUACUCACAAUUUCAGAGCAGGAGGAAUUAAACUUUUCAAACAUCAA